UGUGGGAAAAUGAGAUCAUCACAGUGGAAGCUUAUAAAUAAUCAGACCACCAGAUUGCUAGCAGACAGCAAACUCUGUUAAAGGAACCACCCCAAGGUUGAACCCAAACACCAAGUGGAUUGGGAUAAAAUAUAACAAGACACUCUUGAUUAAGACACUAGAAGGAUUCUGGGGAAAGUUUUCCAAUAUAUUUUUUCUUAGCGGAGUUUACAAUAUUGUUUUGGGAAAAUGUGUUGUGGAGGGUGUGCUAAGUGCCUUGGAGUUACUCUCAUUCCUCUGGCUGUGCUUUGUACCCUUGCCAAUAUUCUGCUGUUUUUCCCUGGAGGAAAUGUUGAAACCAGUGACCAUAUUUCUGAAGAAGUCUGGUACUUUGGAGGAAUCUUGGGUUCAGGUGUACUGAUGGUGUUUCCCGCCUUGGUCUUUUUUGGGCUUAAAAACAAUGACUGCUGUGGAUGCUGUGGAAAUGAAAGCUGUGGGAAGAGGUUUGCGAUGUUUACUUCUGUAAUAUUUGCAGCAGUGGGAGUUUUGGGAGCUGGGUACAGCUUUAUUGUGUCAGCUAUUGCUAUGCACAAAGGUCCUAAGUGUUCUAUGCUCGAUGGAACAUGGGGCUAUCCAUUUGAAAAUGGGAAUUAUCUGGGGAACCAGUCUCUUUGGUAUGACUGCCAGUCCCCUAAGUCAGUCGUGCCCUGGAAUUUGACUCUCUUCUCCUUGCUGCUGAUAAUGAGCGGAGCUCAGGUGGUGCUGUGUUCUAUUCAGGCUGUCAACGGGCUCCUUGGAACGCUCUGCGGGGACUGUAAAUGUUGCGGGUGCUGCGGGGGCGAUGGAGCUGUUUAA